AAACAAAGGCCAGGCAGCCUCAUAGUCCUGGGAUCAAAACAUUGCACGCUUAAACUUGCCCCGGCAAAACGAGCGACCAGAGUUACAGAACACAGAACCAGGGAGCUUGGUCCAGCCACCUUUCCACCGACGGUGAAUUCUUCUCCCGUUUGGGUAACUGGGAAGAGAUAGAAAAACAUGGAGGAAAUAGGAAAAGAAGAGGGGAAAAAUAUGGAGGAGGGUCUAGAAAACGAAACCCAUGACCAUGCACAACUUGAAGAGGGUCAAGAACCACCGAAACCCAACUCGGUCGAUAGUGUAAUAGUGGAGAUGCAGAAGCUUAUUGGUGACAGUGGUGUUGGAAUGCCUGGUGACCUCGAGGGUCCGGUUGAGUUGGCUCCCACUGUCCUCAAAACUGCUGAAGAUGCUGAAAUUGUUACUGACACUAACAAAGAGCUACAGGGCGAUGCUGGAAGUGAUAAGCUUGUCAGUAAUGUGGAUUCUGAUGUGCAUCGUGAGAGUGAGGUGUCUUUGAAGGUUGAAAGUGAUAAGCUUGUCAAUAAUGUGGACUCUGAUGUGCAUCAUGAGAGUGAGGUCUCUGUGAAGGUUGAAAGUGAUAAUCUUGUUGGUAAUGUGGAUUCUGAUGUGCAACGUGAGGGUGAGGUCUGUCCGGAGAAUGUAAGUGAAGAGAAUGGUGAGAAAGGGGAAGAGCUGAAGGAUGUUAAGGUCAGUGAAGCCAUUGAAUUAGAUGCCAGUGCUGAGACUGAUAAUCUUGUUGGUAAUGGGGAUGGGGAUUCGCACCACACAGCUCAGACUACCAUGGACAUUGAAAAGGAAGAUAAUGAUGGUGAGGAAGGGAAAGCACUGAAGGAUGAGGGGAGCAUCAAGGCCAACCCCUCCAAUGAACCGCAUAUGAAUGCUGAAACUAAUAUUGUUGUCAGUCAGGUGGAGCCUGAUAGGUGUAGUGAUGGUGAUGUUGCAAAGGCAAAACUGACGGAUGGGGUGAGCAGCAAGGCUAACCCCUCCAGUGAACUGCUUGCAAGUGCUGAAACUGAUAAGGUUGUUUGUAAGUUGGAACAUGAUAUGCCUCGUGAUACGAAUGUUGCAAGGGAGAAACUGGUGGAUGCGGUGAGCAGUAAGGCCAAGCGCUCUCCCAAUGAACCACCUAGCAGUGUUAAAGCCAAUAAUGUUUUUAAGGUAGAGCGUGGGAUGCCUCAAGAUAAUGAGUUAUCAAUGGAGACUGAAUCCGAGUCUGAUGACGACGAUGAGAAAAGACAUGCAGUAACUGGUGGGUUGAGCAGCAAAACAAAGUUCUCUCUACACCAUGGCUUAAAGGAGCAACAUUCAAAAUCCAAGUUUCAUGUAGGACGAGAGGUUGGGAUGAAGAGUUUGGAUCCAGGGCGAACCUUUCUCUUGGCUCCAGGUGCAGAGGGUGAUGAGUCGGGGACUGAAGAGGAGCAAGCUGAAUUCAUGAAGGAGGUGGAGAAUUUUUAUAAAGAGAAGCACUUGGAAUUCAAAGCGCCAAAGUUUUACAAAGAGGAAUUGAAUCUGCUCAAGUUAUGGAGAGCUGUGAUCAAACUUGGCGGCUAUGAAAAGGUUACUUCAUGCAAGUUGUGGCGGCAGGUUGGAGAAUCAUUUAAUCCCCCAAAGACUUGUACUACUGUCUCUUGGACUUUUCGGAUUUUCUACGAGAAGGCAUUACUUGAGUUUGAAAAGCAUAGAUGGCAUGGCAGUGAGCUUGCUCUUCCUGAACCUUCUAGAGUUGAGAUUCGGGCUGAUGGUAGUCAAACUUGUGGAUCAGGCAGGACACUAAGGGAUGCUGCAGCUCGUGCCAUGCAGGGUUGGCACUCUCAACGCCUUUUUGGAAAUGGCGAGGAGAAGCACUUGAGUACCAUGCCAAAAAGCGACAAGCAGCUCAAGAGCUCUGGUUUGUUAAAGCGGAAAAAGCUAUCUCCUGGGGAUUGUGCUGCUCAGAUUACUGACAUGAAAUCGACAAAACCACGGUUAGAUAUGACGGUAUUCGAUAUUGGACCGCCAGCAGAUUGGGUCAAAAUUAAUGUGAAACGAUUUAGCGACUGCUUUGAGGUAUAUGCCCUAGUUCCUGGACUUCUGCGUGAGGAGGUGCAUGUUCAAUCUGAUCCAAUUGGACGCUUGAUUAUUUCUGGUCAACCAAUGCAACUGGACAAUCCUUGGGGUGUCACACCCUUUAAGAAGGUUGUCAGCUUACCUUCGAGAAUUGAUCCACAUCAGACAUCUGCUGUAGUGACCUUGAAUGGCCAGUUGUUUGUGCGGGUUCCGUUUGAACAGUCAGAUUUUUAAAAUGUAGGGAUGUAUAUCCUGUCCGUCCGUCACGUACAGAAAGCCUAGCCUAAAUUACGUAGAAGAUAGAAGAUAGUUUGGUUGGUUCACACUUGGAGCUGAAGCCUAUAUAGUUGAUGUCCCCUGUUCACCAUUCUAUAAUUUUUUUUUUUGGCAGCAGUUAUAGUUAAAUGAUGAGAAUUAUAUAGAUUUGUCUAUGAAUGAGCUGUCUCCUAUUCAGAUUGUGGAUGAGAUGGAUUUUAUACAAAUCAUGCUUUUAUGAAUUAUUGGCCCUAUCUCCUUGAUGUUA